AUGUCCGAAGGAAGAAGUAGAAUACACGAGCAUGAUGAAGAAUUAACUGAUGAAGAGACAAGAGAUGUAGAAUUAGGAGGUAAUUCUGCUAACGAUAAUCAUCAUCAUCAUAAUAGAUUACAUUAUUAUGAACGUGAUGAAGUGAGUAGAGUGAAUCAUGAGAGAGGAAAACAAUUUAAAACUCUUGCUGGACGUCUUGCUUGGGUUGUUAUUUGUUUUACUAUUUUCGUAUUGCUUUUAUUGAUUAUAUUAUAUUCGAUUCGAUCUGCUUAUUUAUUUUCCUAUGAUGAAUCCUAUACGAGUAGUAUUGAAAAGACUCCAUCAUUGAAUGUUCAAGUUUAUACAACAGGAAGAAGAGAUCGAGUUUUAUUUAAUUAUUUGACAAAAGUUGAUGAUUCGAGGAAGAAACCAACGAAGGGAAAUAUGUAUCUGGAAAUGGAUGAUAAUGGAAAUACCAAACCAACACUCUUGUUUGUUAAUCCAUUCCCAGAGAGUUGUGAAGGAGCUUUUUUACCAGCCAUUACUGAAUUGAAAGCUGAUUUUACCAUUCAUUGUAUUAAUUUGAGAGGAUUCGGAACAACUGAAUCUACCAAUGCAAAUGAUGACAAUUAUUUAACACUUGCAGCUAUGGCUAAUGAAUUGGCAGUUAUUGUUGAAACUAAGAAACCACAAGAUGAAUUAAUAUUGAUUGGACAAGAAUUUUCAGGAACAAUUAUUUAUCUUCUUCUUCAUCAAAAAGGUAAAACUUGGGUUGAUAAUUAUUUGAAAGCUGUCAUUUUGCUUAACAGUCCUCAUCCAAAGAUUUAUUCUAGUCUAUUGAUUGCCAACGAAAGACAAAAGUUCUUCACCCAAAAGGUUGAAAGGAUUUUACAAUCACACACAAAAAAAAUGUCUCCUCACACGAAUGUGUUACAUAAUCAGCAACAAGAAGAACACCAGGUGGAUAGCGAUUCGGAAGGAGACGCAAUUAUGAGUGAGUCGUCAAAAGAUAAUCAACAUCAGCUUGAAAAGAAUAAUUUAAUAAAUGAUCAUAGCCUUGAUGAUGUAACAAAUAGUAUUAACAAUAAUUUAAUAAUUAUUCCUGAUGAUAGUAAUAAUAACAAUAAUUUAAUUUCGGAAGGAAAUAAUACAUCAACUAAUAAUAAUACUAAUAACAAUGAAAUUGAAAUGUAUGAUGAUUGGUACAAGGAGGAACAUAUUCAAUUCCUUCAAGCCUUUAAAAGAUAUGGAACUGAUUGGGAGAAGGUUAUGCAAUGUCUUCCAUCGAGAAAUGAUUUGGAACAAGUGAAAUCACAUGGUAUUAGAUAUUUGCAGAAUGGUAAAUUGGGACCUGCCUAUUAUGAGUAUGUGGAAAGGCAAGAACAAAUUCGAGAAAGUGCAAUGAAUGAUUCAAUAUCAGAUGAGGAAGAAUCAGAUGAGGAGGAUGCUAUUGUGAGACAUAGUCCAUACUUGACUACUCCAGAAAGUUUGGCAAGUGCAUUCUUGACCAAUAGGGAGAGUGUUAGAGAGUGGAAUUUGGAAACGAGACGAUUUGAAACUAAUGUGGAAAAGGUCAAGAAUAAGGAACCUGUUGAUUGUUCUGCUGCCUCAUCAAGUAGUCUUCAUACUGAUAAGCUUUCUCUCAUUCAAUCAAAUUAUGGAGAAUUAUUGGACACAUUGGAUGUUGAAAAGCAAACUCAAAUGAUGGAUGAGGAGGUUAAAUUAAUGAGACAGGAUUAUAGAAUGAAGAAAUUAACGCCAUUCGAAAGAAUUGUAGUGCAAGAAUCUAGGGAGAAAAUUGAACAAUUAAUUGGAAAGCAAGUUCAAGAUGAACCACCAAUUAUUGAACCAAUUUCAAUAAUUGAAUCCAAUCCUCAAUCAUUGAAUGAUGAGGAUACACAAACAAAUGGAGCAUUACCAUCUGCAUCUAAUAAUUCAACACCAUCCACCACUACUGCCAAUAAUAAUCCAACAAUAGUAACACCACCAAUCAAUCCAGAACUACUUACCAAUCAACCAAACUUUAGAAAUAUUUACACAUUUUUGGGAGCUCUAUUUGAACCAACCAGAUAUGAUACAGAAGAGCUAGGUGCCAUGUUAUCACCACAGGAGAAGGAAAUUCUUCAAAUUCUGCUUCAUAAUCUUUCAAUUACACUUUCCACCCAACAAUUCCAAGAGGAAUACUCUACCUAUGUACAACAAAUAUCCUCUAGCCAAACAUUAAGGCAGCAGCAACAACAACAAGCCUCUUCAAAUUUGGCUGUCAAUCCAGCGAACAAUGCUUCCUCAUCUACAAGUAAUGACACCACUACAACAAAUAAUGAAACCACUGCAGUAAAUGCUUCAACAAGCAUUGUAAAUCCAUUUGCAGGUCAAUCCCAAAUGUCAAUGUUACAAUUACUUUCUAGUGAAGAUCCACAACAACACCCACCACCUUUUAAUAAUAUUAAUUUCUUUUAA